AUGACAACAGUAGCAGUUUCCCUAGACAUAGAGAAGGCAUAUGAAAUGGUACACAGACCCAGAGUUAUUAACAUCCUCACAAAAGAACUAAAUCUCUGCGGCCCUAUACUUAAUUUCAUAAAAAACUUCCUAAAGGAAAGACUCAUAGAAGUCAGAAUCAACAACUCAACAUCCAAUACUAGAAUGAUAAAAAAUGGCCUCCCUCAAGGUUCGGUUAUGAGCGUCCUUCUAUUUUUGAUAGCCAUUAACGAAGUAGUCCAGUGCAUAUCAUCACCUGCCCACGCCCUCCUCUUUGCUGACGAUCUAACAAUCUACUGCUCGGGCAAAGAUCCCCAUAAUAUCUGUAACAUACUACAAACUUCUCUAAACAACUUAACCGACUGGAGUAACAAAACGGGCUUUAAAUUCUCAACAAGCAAAUCUGAAUACAUGAUCUUCACCCGGAAAAAGAAAAUGCAACUAGAGCCAUCAAAUUUAUUUCUCAACAACAUAGAACUUCAUCAAAGCAACAACUUAAAAAUCCUAGGAAUGUACUUUGAUAAAUCUCUCACUUGGAACAACCAUAUAACGGAGCUAAAACGACAAUGCCACCAACGCUUAAAUCUACUCAAGUCUAUCGCGUCUACAAAAUGGGGAGCUGACACACAAAUCCUAAUUAACACCUACAGAUCAAUCAUUCGUUCUAAACUUGAUUAUGGCUGUACAAUCUAUCAAUUUGCCUCGAACCACCAUCUAAAAAAACUAAAUUCAAUUCAAACCACUUCCUUAAGGAUUGCUCUCGGAGCUUACAGAACCAGCCCCAGACUAAGCCUACUAGCAGAAUCCGGAGAAACACCACUAGACCUAAGAAGAACACAACUGUCUUUAAACUUCGCAUGUUCAGCUCCAUCAAUUAUCCCAGAGCUUCAUCAAAAUCACCCACAGAGACCCCCAAACUUCAACAACGAGAAACCUACAGAAAUCCGAGCCUUCCUCAUCAAUUCCACCAACAAUAAUGAACUCCAAAACUUAACGCUGUACAAUCCUCAAUACUCACAAAUUCCCUACUGGAAGACACCAACAGAAUGUUAUGAUUUAUCGAUCCACGAACAAACCUGGGGGAAGGACAACACACCAGAUGCCCUAUUCAAAAACCUCUACUUAGAAAUAUCCAAUCAACUUGAACAGUUCACCCAGAUCUUUACUGAUGGAUCUAUAAUUAACAACCAACGAGGAUGCGCCAUAGUAAUUAAUGACAGUGUAUACAAAUACAAGCUUCCUUCAUCUUACUCCAUAUUUUCCUGUGAAGCCUACGCGAUACUUCAAAGCCUCAAGUUAAUAGUCCAAAUAGACAUCACCAAAGCAGCCAUAUUCACAGACUCGAAGUCAGCGAUCGAAGCGCUGCUAAACUCUAACUCGACAGACAACAUCAUACAGGAGUGCCAGACCAUUAUCUACAAUACUAGACUAACUAGAGACAUCAGAAUCAUCUGGAUACCCUCCCACCAAGGCAUCCUAGGAAACGAACUCGCGGAUAAAGAGGCGAAAAACGCAACGGUUUCAGGCAUUGAUCUCACCUCCACACUCCUCACUACAGCAACAGACUUUAAAAAGAAAGUCAAAAACCACAUCACGACCAAAUGGAAUGACCUCUGGAUCAAUGGACAAUCUCACCUCCAUCUUAUUCGAGAAAAUACAAUGGAAACAAGACCUCAACUGGAAAAAAGAACAGACCAAUGUCAAUUGAACAGACUGAGAAUAGGACACACUGUCUUUUCUCACAGUCAUCUACUAAGUAAAACAAAUCCCAAACCAUGCCCAGCCUGCAAUCAACCCGCCUCAGUAAACUACAUCCUGACGACAUGCUCACAACUCAACAUUCUAAGAAGUCAACAUCAGAUUCCAGCCAAUCUUCAGACUGCUCUCAACAGUGAAAACGUCUACCCACGAAUAAUAAAUCUUCUAAAACAACUACAACUACUAUGCUAA